GGUCGAAGUGUCAGGGUGAACUAACCCCUUGGAAUUUCGCUUGAGCAAGCGUUGCCUUGAGUCACUGAAAUUCUGUCCCGCGUACGUGUGAGUUUCACCUCGGACUGCGACUGAUGGAGGGGAAGUUCGCUUCUCUGGUUUUUGUCGUCGUUUCUGGUCUGUUUGUUCCGGUGGAGCCAUAUUAUUGCGAGUUCGGACAAUGCGGAAACGAUGAAUACUGCUGCGGAAAAAAUCUGUGCUGCACAUAUGUGUAUCGGAUGUGGUACCCAUGGAUCGGGGUCAUGUUUGUCCUGCUGCUGCUCCUCGCUUGCGCUGGAUUAUUUCGUUAUUGCUUCACGCAGACUUCACUGAUCAUUAUACCAUCGAGCAUGACAAGGCAAGUAUCCUUGCCUCUCGGUGACGACUCGGGAGAUCGCGAAGCACUCCAGCCACUCACUAAAUGUGACGAGCUGGAAGCCUCAAGUGGUUACUACGAAGUGAAUUUAAACUUCUAUCCUGCGCAUGUUACUCCUCCGCCGUCUUAUAACCAGACAAUGGUUUCGGAUGCCACGCAGAGGAUGUCCGAAAAUCGUAAAACGGGAAGCAUGAUAUAA